AUGCAGAUCAAGACGAAGACAGGUGUCACGACGCGCAGCCCCCGGAGCAAAGGCUGUCUCAUGUGUCGUCGCUCGAAAGUCAAGUGCAAUGAAGGGCAUCCGCAGUGUAGCCGCUGCGUCCGUCGGGGCACUGAGUGUAGCUAUCCUGAUGCCCUAGAGCUCGAUUUUCGCGAUGAAAACAGUAAAGCAGCAGCCCGCACUGCUGCUCUCUGGCGAACGCGUACCCAGGCGGCAAGACUGCUGCGUGAACCCAGCGCCCCCAGCCGCACACUGGAGGAUCUUCACGACCGGGUUAUAGCGUCAUUCUAUCGAGAUUUCGACUGCAGCGCCAAGGUCUCCAACCCCUGGAUCGAAUUCUUCCAGAUGCUACCCACACUCUACCGCCAAUCAGCCAGAGUUCCCUCCUCCCCCACCCGCCAGGCGAUCCGUGCCCUGGCUCUGGCCCACCAUUCGCGUCAGCAGCAGCAGCCUGUCCCACAGCUGGAGAUCAUGGCGCGGACCGAGUACUCGCACGCUAUUACCCAGAUUCGGCUCCAGCUGCAGCGAAGUCACGGGGUUCCGAGCACGGAGACCGUCGUCUCGGUUGCGCUAAUGGGGCUCUUUGACUCAAUCCUUCCCAGCCCGGACCCAGUGCAUUCCUGGCAUGCGGCCCACCAGCACGGAGCUAUCUCCAUGGUGCGGCAGCAAAUCGCCUCCCCCACCUCGGCGGCCAGCAUUGAUCCUUAUCUGCUCAAAUAUCAGUACCUGCUAAUGGUAAUCAAUUGCUUAAAUCAACGAUCACGGCCGCAGCUCCCAUUAAAAUGGUGGGCCGCGGUGAUGAACCCGGGAUUCUCGGCCGCCCAUCUGUUCUGUACCAUGUAUCGGCUCGCACAGUGGCAAGCCGAGAUCGACUCACACAUUGUCACUUUUAACCACCACGCCAUGUCUAACAUGGUCGACACUUUACUCGCGGCCGAUGAUGCAUUGGAUGCAUGGGAAACCCAACUACCCCCGAGCUCUCACUUCUCCGAGCGGGAGGUCGGGGGCGAUGAUCCCGCGAUCCUGCAAUGGUCCGGCGCCCCAUCCCGGGUCUACGUCUACGAGACUAGCUGGAAUGCCGUGCCUCGCACUUUUUGUUUCGCCACACGCAUCAUGAUCUGCCAAAAUAUCCUACUGUGCCACGGCUACGCGCAGGAUGCAGAACAGACCAUUGUGGAGAUGAUUCGACACAUCUGCCGCAGCACUCACGCAGUAAUCAGUGGUGGCGGUGAUGGCAGCAACGACGCGGAAGAAGGGCUUUCGAUGCGCGGGCGGGCGAUUGUGUGGCCGCUGAAUGUCGCCGCCUCUGCCCUCCAGCGCAACCCGAGGGUUCUGGCGCAGGUGGGCGUGGAGUCUGCCCAGUGGACGCGACGAGCUCUUCAGCAUGUGCUGAGGCUCUCUGGGAGUAGUUUGGCUCUUAACCUGGAUUACAAGACGGAACAGUGA